AUGAAGAUCCCUCGUGCAGAAGAGCUUGAAGCUCACUCUCAAUAUGUACUCGCAGAAGGUACUAAAGGGUUGUGGUACGGAACAUUCGGGGCACUUGUGCUUCAAACCUACUUGAAAUAUGGACAACCAGCUAAAUAUAAGGUGAUGAAUCCCUCAGUUAGGGCUGCCAUUAUCAUCUGUCCCGCGAUUACUGUCAGUGCCUUGUGGGCUGAUUUGGGCUCUGUGGAAUUCGAUAAACGGAUGUAUUCGAGUAUCUAUUCUGAGCAAAAGGUCUUAAAAGAGUACCAAGACUGGAAAGCACUCUCAGCUAGCGGGAAAACUCUACAAGUUCUUGAUGACCAUAAGAAUAAAGUGAUUGCUACAACAUGGGCAGGUUCUCUUUAUUAUUUCAAAGCUAAGAUCUUUAGUAAGUCCUCGCACAUCCCUCAACCUCAAAGAUGGGCCAAGUUUCAGACUUUAGCUGCUGGUUCGACAGUGGGUGCGGUUGCAUUAGCAUUAGGGUUAUAUGUUGCGGAGGGGUCUCGUCGUAAGGCCCAUGCUGAACUGUUAGCUAAAGCACCUUCACAAGAAGAGAUUGAUAGAUUGCAACAAGAACAUGAUUUAGAACAAUAUUUUAGUGCGACAAAGAAGUGA